AUGCUGAUUGUAGCUCUACUUCCUAGGCAAUCGUGUAAUUUGAAUGUGAAACAAAGACAAGUCCUUGAUCUUGCAAUGAAUGGUCACAAUGUUUUUAUUGGCGGCGCUGGUGGAACGGGGAAAACAUUUACUGUAAAAAAGCUCGUGGAACUUCUUAGUGUCACGAAGAAUGCCAGUGUUACCUGUACUACAGGAAUGGCAUGUGGAUUAUAUGACAAUGCCAUAACACUACAUUCAUUCGUUGGCUUAAAUCUUCAAGGGUGAAUGUGGAUGCCGUAGUCAACUCGAUAAAAGGUAGGGAGGAAUGUUAUUCGAGAUGGCUAACUACGGACGUUUUGAUUAUCAACGAAAUCUCGCAAUUAAGUCGAAGAACAUUCGAACAUGUCAAUUAUGUUGCCCAGAAAAUUCGGGGAUUCGAAAAAAAACCCAUUUGGAGGUAUUCAGGUAAUUGUUGCUGGUGAUUUCAGGCAACUUCCUCUUGUAUCAAACGAUAUUGAUGAAGGUCAGUACUGUUUUGAAAGUCCCUUAUGGAACAUAAUGUUUCCUCAUUGUGUAGAAUUGACCGAAGUGUACCGCCAGAGUCAAAAGGCAUUUGUUGCGGUGCUGAAACAGUUGUCAUCAGGGGAAGUAACAGAUGAAACUGCAGCUUUUAUUGAAGCAGAAUUGGAUGACAAACACUAG